AUGUCGCUCCCGAUUCUCACGUCCGCGCCAGGAAAAGUUAUCAUUUUUGGCGAACAUUCAGCUGUCUUCAACGAACCUGCAAUUGCAGCAAGCGUAAACUCUUUGAGAACGUACCUUUUGGUAACAGAGACGGAAGAUAGUGACAUUGUCGAACUGGAUUUCCCAGACAUUGGACUUGACCAUAAAUGGCACGCAAAAGAGCUGUCUCAGAUAGCUGCGCCCUCUAGAAUAGCUGCUAGCGAACACUCUAAAAACCUAAAUCCGGCAUUAAACGCUGCUUUGGAGCCACUUUUGAAGCCCCUGCAUGGAUCAUUGCAAUACCAUGCCGCGUAUUGCUUUUUGUAUUUGUAUUCGUGCUUGUGUGGCAGUCGAAGAGGUGUGAAAUUUAGCGUAAAAUCAAGCUCGCCCAUUGGCGCUGGUCUUGGAUCCAGUGCUUCUAUUUCCGUGUGCCUGGCACUUGCAGUCGGAAAAUUCGGUGGUCAUUUGAACUCGGAACCCGAAAAGUUGUCCAAACAGGAACUUGACUUCGUCAACGAAUGGUCAUUCAUUGGUGAAAAAUGCAUUCAUGGCACACCAUCUGGUAUAGACAACGCCGUGGCUACUUACGGAAAUGCGGUGCUUUUUCAACGACAACCAAACGCGGAAACCAAGUUGGAACAUAUUUUGAACUUCCCUCAAAUUCCCAUGAUUUUGACUAAUACCAAGAUUCCAAGGUCUACCAAAGUGCUGGUAGGGGGUGUACAAGAUUUAAUAACUAGGCAACCGGAAAUAAUAAGCCCGAUUUUGAAGGCCAUGGGUCAAUUGGCCUCACGCGGUGCCAAAAUUCUGGCUGAUUUGAACGAAUCCAAUUUAGCAGAUUUGUGCGAACUGGUACGAAUCAAUCACGGUCUUUUAACUUCAAUUGGUGCUUCACACCCAGGACUAGAGGUAAUCAAAAGCCUCAGUGACUCUAUGUCCAUCGGGUCUACGAAACUCACCGGUGCCGGUGGUGGCGGCUGCGCUUUCACUAUCUUAAACCAAGAUGCUUCGCUUAAAGAUAUUGAGAAAUUUAAGAACACGCUUGAAACGCAGUACAACUAUCAAACAUACACGACAGGACUUGGCGGACCCGGAUGUGUGUUUCUGCCAUCGGAAGAAAUCCAGCAAAACAUAAGCGUUAUCGAACCUCUGUUUAAAAAGUCCGCCAAUGUUUCUGAUCUUAACGCUGCUUUGCUGCCUGGAAUUUCCGGUUUGAAAUGGGUACAUUGA